AUGCGCACAGCUCCAUAUGGCUCCAAGAUGGCUGACACAGCGACCGGGGGCUCCGGCACGCGGGCGGGCAGCAAGCAGGCGGGCACUCCUGCGGACAAUUACCACCUGGCGCGGCGCCGCACGCUGCAGGUGGUGGUGAGCUCGCUGCUGACCGAGGCCGGCUUCGAGAGCGCCGAGAAGGCCGCAGUGGAGACGCUCACCGAGAUGAUCCAGAGCUAUAUUUCAGAAAUUGGGAGGAGUGCCAAGUCCUACUGCGAGCACACAGCCAGGACCCAGCCCACGCUGUCGGACAUCGUGGUGACCCUCGUGGAAAUGGGGUUCAAUGUGGAAACUCUUCCUGCCUAUGCCAAGCGUUCCCAGAGGAUGGUGAUCACUGCCCCUCCAGUGACAAACCAGCCUGUGACCCCCAAAGCCCUGACAGCUGGGCAGAACAAGCCUCAUCCACCCCACAUUCCCGGGCACUUCCCUGAGUUCCCAGAUCCUCACACGUACAUCAAGACACCAACGUACCGGGAGCCGGUGUCCGACUACCAGGUGCUGCGGGAGAAGGCGGCGUCGCAGCGCCGGGACGUGGAGAGGGCCCUGACCCGCUUCAUGGCCAAGACUGGAGAGACACAGAGCCUCUUCAAGGAUGAUGUCAGCACCUUCCCACUGAUUGCUGCCAGGCCUUUCACUGUGCCCUACCUGACAGCUCUGCUGCCCUCUGAGCUGGAGAUGCAGCAGAUGGAGGAGACGGAUUCCUCGGAGCAGGACGAGCAGACGGACACCGAGAACCUCCCCCUGCACAUGAGCACGGAUGAUGCAGGACCUGAGAAGGAGAACACCUCAGUGCUGCAGCAGAACAGCUCCCUGGCAGGCAGCAGGAACGGGGAGGAGAACGUGAUCGACAAUCCCUACCUGCGACCCGUUAAAAAACCCAAAAUCCGCAGGAAGAAGUGAAGAGGGGCUGAAAUUCCUUUGGCUGCUCUGAGAAACACCCAGGGGUCAGGAGAGGAUCUCUCUGCAUGGUGAACUCCACUCCCAUCCUGCUUUUCUGUGCUCACUGCUCCAGGAAAACCACUUGGGAAUUGUCUGCAGGACUCUGAUUUCCAGAUCAAAGUGGGGAGGAUUUGUUUGCUCAAGAGCUGAAGGACCCAGGGCUUGGAUUUGGAGGGCACAGGAGCUGGAGCUGUGGGACACAGGGAUUGGAUUUGGAUUUGGAUUUGGAUUUGGAUCUGGAUUUGGAUCUGGAUUUGGAUUUGGAUCUGGAUUUGGAUCUGGAUUUGGAGGACACGAGCUGGAGCUAUGGGACACAGGGAUUGAAUUUGAAUUUGGAUUUCAAUUUGGAUUUGGAUUUCAAUUUGGAGGACACAGGAGCUGGAGCUAUGGGACACAGGGAUUGAAUUUGAAUUUGGAUUUCAGUUUGGAUUUGGAUUUCCAUUUGGAGGACACAGGGGCUGCAGCUAUGGCAAAGGGAUUUUCCUGCUCCCACCUCCCAGCAGAACACAUUUUUAUCCUGGCAGGCUGGAUAAAAAACUUCCAUCAACCCUCAAAUCCAAGGAAUGUGUAUUAGCAAAGAAACCUCCCAGGGAGGUUCCUCCUUUCGCGUUCUUGGCAGGUGAAAAGCAAACAAAUCUUUUCUUUUAUAACCUGAAGGUUUUUGGUGUGCUGGUAAAGGAGUGAGGUGUAAAUCCAGAGCUCCAAGGACAUUUUAUUUCCACUUUGCAGCUGUGCUGGGGACUGAAAACCCCAAGUUUGAGAGAAAACCCUGAGAUGGUUUUCCUGUCCCAGCUGCUUCGGGCUCAUUGCAGUUCAUUCUUGUUUUCCACACAGCUCAAAUCCUUGCAGAGUUUUCCCUCCUUCCCCAGUUGCUUUGGAAGUUGGAAAAUGGAACAAAGCUGCACUGAUGGCAGCAGUGCUUUUAUCACUAAAAGUUGAUUUUUUAACCUGCUUUAUUUCACCCCUUUAUUUUUAUGGCAGUGUUGUCAUUAUUGCUGGUUCUGGAGGGCUUUGCUUUCUUUUUCCCUCAGUAUUUUCUUAGAUAGAAUAUGGGUUAAAUUUCCAUGAGAAAAUGCUCCUGUGGUUUGGUCCAAUCUUCCAAGAAUUCCAAGUUCACCUCCAUGCAGUUAAAAGGAUCCUCCCUCUUCCCCCAUCACCCAGGAAGGAUGAAAAUAAAAAGAAGUUAUUUUUUUUCAAUGAUCUCCUGCCAAAUAAUCUGAAAUUAAAUCUCAAUCCCUCCCCAACGUGUGCCACUGUCACUUCUGCUGGUGCCUUGCUUGUACAGAAUGACAAAUGUACAGACACACCCUGUAUAUGUUUGUAUAUAUCCAAAGGUUUUAUCUUUUUUUAACUUUUCUUUUUUUUUUCUGCAAGGAGAAAAAUCCCUUGCUGGGUAGGGGAAAAAAAAAAAGUGGAAUGAAAAUUGUAGUUUUUAUGUUCAUAAUAAAAGAAAUUUUAUCUCCUUAUGAGAAAAUUGUAAUUUUUAUGUUCAUAAUAAAAGAAAUUUUA